AUGGGCAAGAAGAAGAAAGAAGACCACAAUAUCUCGAUCCAUGUGGAUCUCGUGAUUGAGAUACUCUCAAGGUUGCCCGUGAGGGCCCUUUUGAGAUUAAAGUGCUUAUCGAAAGAGUUUUCAGGGAUCAUCCAAAGUCGAUACUUUGUGAACUUAUGCUUGUCUUGUCCCUCUAAUCGCCCACGUCUGUUGUUUUGCUUUCAUUGUCAUAAAGAUAAAAAGCUUCUUUUCUUCUCAGCGCCACAUGGAUGGCCUUCUUCUAUAGCCCCGACCCGACAUGAGAUGACAGUCCGUGGAGGAGUUGGUGUGUCUCUCAGAUCUCCUCCCGUUCGUGGUUGGAUCAUCUACACAAUCAGACCUAAUCAACAUGUUAUAUGCAACCCUUCCACGAGACAGCACCUAAGCUUACCCGAGAACAAAAUCUUGGGGAAACACGAUGACUUGAUCGAGUUUCUUAUUUUUGGAUACGAUCCAAUCUUUGAUCAGUUCAAAGUACUGUGUAUGUCCGGAUUGGGAGGCCCAAGCCAGAAUCAGUUUUGGGUUUUUACUGUGGGACAAGAUGGUGACUUGUGGAGAAAGAUACCAGGCAUACCUAAUCAUCUUAAUCCUGUCACGUGUAAUCACGUGUGUGGAGAAAGUGGUAUAUGCAUAAACGGUGUUUUAUACUUUAAAGCUUACUCAAGAAGAGCAGGUUAUGGUCUGCUUGAUCAUCUCACAUGCGUGGUAAGUCUGGUGAGUUUUGACCUAAACUCCGAAAAGUUCAGUCUUAUUGAAACCAGUCCUCAUCUUUCAUGGUUUUCAAAGCUCAUAGACUUUCAAGGGAAGUUAGGGUUUAUUUCUCGUGUCAAGGGCUGCGAAGUUGAGUUUUCUUGUCUUAUGGAAAACAAGGAAUGGUCGUUGAUGGUUUUUCAUUUACCUUGGGCUCAAGAAUACAAAAGCCACUACCGCCCAAUCUCUAGCUCCGUGUUGGGCAUUUGUGACGGUGAAAUUGUUUUCGUAUCGCCUACUAUACAAGUACCAGGUUAUACUUGGCAUCUUAACUUAGAGAAAAAGACUAUUAGGAAAGUCGAAUUUGAAACUCCCUCCACCGGGUCAUAUGGUCAUUUCUUGGCUUAUUAUUUUGCAAACCACGUUGAAACCACUGUCUCAUUGUAG